CUUUUUUUCCCCUCUUCUUCGUUUUUUCCUCUCUUUCUUCCUCCUCCCCGCCGCCGCCGCCGCCGCCGCCGCAGACGACGACGACCACUGUCCGGCGAAGCCUUCGGUGAUCUUUCAACAUAGCCGCUGGAGAAGAAUUUGUUUCCUCCGACAUUUCUGGCUCCGUUCAAGAUAUUUUGUUUGUGAAAGUUUGAGUCUUUUGUGCUUUCAAGAAUUGAGAGGAAAUGGAUGGGAGUUUGGGGCUUACAAAUGUUAGCUCUCAUUGCUCAAUCUCUGAAAUGGAUGACUUGGAUCUCUUCAAGCUUCUUGACAAGCCAAGGCUGAACACUGAGAGGCAGAGAUCGUUUGAUGAGAGGUCAUUUAGUGAGCUCUCCAUUGGCCUUGCCAGAGGUGGCCAUGACAAUCAUGAGAGUAUGUACUCACCUGGUGGGAGGUCUGGUUUUGAUACCCCAGCGUCAUCAGCGAGAAACUCAUUUGAGCCACAUCCUAUGGUGGCUGAAGCAUGGGAUGCUCUCCGCAGAUCUCUUGUGUAUUUCAGGGGCCAACCAGUUGGUACCAUUGGUGCAGGUGACCAUGCUUCCGAGGAAGUUUUGAACUAUGAUCAGGUUUUUGUGCGAGAUUUUGUACCCAGUGCUCUGGCUUUCCUGAUGAAUGGUGAGCCUGAGAUAGUCAAGAACUUCCUAUUGAAGACGCUACAGCUUCAAGGGUGGGAGAAAAGAAUAGAUCGGUUUAUGCUUGGAGAAGGUGCAAUGCCGGCUAGCUUCAAAGUUCUUCAUGAUCCUGUAAGAAAAACAGAUACAAUUGUUGCAGAUUUUGGUGAGAGUGCAAUUGGAAGAGUUGCUCCAGUUGACUCUGGAUUCUGGUGGAUUAUUCUUCUUCGUGCAUACACAAAGUCUACUGGGGAUUUAACCCUGGCAGAGACACCUGAGUGCCAAAAGGGGAUGAGGCUUAUAUUGGCUCUUUGUCUGUCAGAGGGUUUUGAUACGUUCCCAACCUUGCUUUGUGCAGAUGGAUGUUCUAUGAUUGAUCGGAGAAUGGGUAUAUAUGGUUAUCCUAUUGAAAUUCAAGCGCUUUUCUUUAUGGCAUUGCGAUGUGCCUUGUUAAUGCUGAAACAUGAUGCAGAAGGAAAAGAAUUUAUUGAGAGAAUUGUGAAACGUUUACAUGCCUUGAGUUAUCACAUGCGCAGUUACUUUUGGCUUGACUUUCAACAACUAAAUGACAUAUACAGAUAUAAGACUGAGGAGUACUCCCACACUGCUGUAAAUAAGUUCAAUGUUAUUCCUGAUUCUCUCCCUGACUGGUUAUUUGAUUUUAUGCCAAUGCAUGGUGGAUACUUCAUUGGAAAUGUCAGUCCAGCAAGGAUGGAUUUUAGAUGGUUUUGUUUGGGUAACUGUGUGGCAAUUCUAUCUUCUCUUGCAACUCCAGAGCAAUCAAUGGCCAUUAUGGAUCUCAUUGAAGCUCGUUGGGACGAACUUGUUGGAGAAAUGCCUCUAAAAAUAGCUUACCCUGCACUAGAAAAUCAUGAAUGGCGGAUCAUAACUGGUUGUGACCCCAAGAACACAAGGUGGAGUUACCAUAAUGGAGGAAGUUGGCCAGUGCUCUUGUGGUUGCUAACGGCUGCUUGCAUCAAAACCGGACGCCCACAAAUUGCAAGACGUGCUAUUGAUCUUGCCGAGACUCGCUUGCUGAAAGAUGGCUGGCCAGAAUAUUAUGAUGGCACACUUGGGAGAUACAUUGGUAAACAGGCAAGGAAGUACCAGACUUGGUCAAUAGCAGGAUACUUGGUUGCAAAGAUGAUGCUAGAGGAUCCAUCACACUUGGGGAUGAUUUCCUUGGAGGAGGACAAACAGAUGAAGCCAGUGAUCAAGAGAUCAUGCUCAUGGUGCUGAUCCAUACAAAACACACAGAAUAAUGUAGCAGAAAAGAGGUAGGGUAAAAUACCAAAGACUAGAGACCUCAUAAUUUGAUUAUAACACCUUUUUUUAUUAUUAUUAUUAUUUCUUUGGGGCAUCAAUGCCUUUAAAGUUGUUUGAAAGUUUAAUUUGCUUCCAUGUACGAUACCGUCUGCGCAAAGACAUUAUCCUUGCCCCUUUAAUAAAGAAGAUACAUUCUG